CGCGGGUUCGCUACACCACUUAAUAAUCAUAGUCACUUACACGGUGCUCAUUCUACAUGGCAUCGAUCAGCAGCUGGUUAUGGGGAACUUCACAGCUUGACGACGCUGUCGACAAGGCUACCUCGGAGCUCAUCCCGAAUGGCUCAGAGGAUGUUGCUCUCAAUCUCGAGAUAUGUGACCAGAUACGCUCCAAGUCAGCGCCCGCAAAGGACGCCAUGCGUGCGCUCAAGCGCCGUCUUAAUCAUAAGAAUCCCAAUGUCCAGCUCCUCGCACUCGGUUUGACAGACAUCUGUGUUAAGAAUGGCGGUGAUCAUUUCUUGACCGAGGUGGCCUCAAGGGAGUUCAUGGAUAAUCUGGUCUCCAUCCUCAAAAUGCCUGGUCUAAAUCAUUCUGUCAGAGAUGAUAUCUUGAAGUAUAUACAGAACUGGUCCUUGGCUUUUGAAGGCAAGCCCAGUCUUAGUUAUGUCAAUCAAGUCUAUAAGACCCUCAAGAGUGAAGGACAUCAUUUCCCUCCAAAGGACUUUGCUCUGGCGAAUUCUGCUAUGGUCGAUACGUCAACCGCUCCAGAAUGGAUAGAUUCGGAGUUGUGUCUGCGAUGUCGCACUCCGUUUACAUUUACCAAUCGGAAGCAUCACUGCCGGAAUUGUGGACAAGUUUUCGACCAGCAAUGUUCAUCUAAAUCAAUACCUUUACCUCACUUCGGCAUCACUCAAGCUGUUAGGGUCUGUGAUGCGUGUUACAAUAAGCUGCAGAAAAAGGCUGAGAAAAGUGACAAAGGACACCGCCAUUCUGCAAGUAUGUAUAGCCCGCGUCACAGCAGUGCGCGCGACCUCGCAGACGCCGAGCUUCAACGCGCCAUUGAGCUCUCCCUCGAGGAAGUCGGUGCUGUUCAUGGACGCAGACCGGGUUAUGUCCCCGCCCAACCCUCCGCGCACAAUUGGCACAUUUCCGAACCUCCUCUCGUGGACAGAAUGACGCACCCUGAUCGUAAAGUUACUGGUGCGGAUGAGGACGAUCCUGAUCUCCGUGCAGCCAUCGAAGCAAGUCUUCGCGAGGCUAACGCCCCAAAACCAAGUGCGCCUGUGGAGCUGACAAGCACAGAUCCAUACAGCAACGUGCACGUCACGUCUCAAUCGUAUCCGCCCACCGUCACGCCUGCCCCACAAGUGCCGAAGCUUGCGGGUUAUGAUCUCGAGCCCUUGGAAACCGACGCCAUUCUUACAUUCAGCCAGACAGUGGAGCAACUGCAAGCCCAAGGGGGACGCGACAUGUCGCGGUAUCCUGCUGUCAACGAACUAUACGACAAGGCAAACGGACUCCGGCCCAAGCUAGCAAUGAGCCUGGAUGAUACCGACCGCAAAGAACAACUGCUAUCAGAGAUGCACGAAAAGCUUUCGCAAGCCGUCAAACUCUACGAUAAGCUACUAACGGAUCAGGUCUCACAUCCCACGUGGCGGCGUUCUCCCCAACAGGUGCACCCUACGACUGUACCAGUGCGGCAAUCCGCACAAACUCAUAGUCAAUGGGCGCCAACCCACCUUCAUGCAUCCUCCGUAUCUUCCCCAGUUUUUGCGCCACCACGGACCGACUCUGCCCAAUACGCCCCACAGCUUCUUAUUUCCCGACCCCCAUUAUCUACUGUCCCCGAGUCAGAGCCUCAGUAUGCUCAUUAUGCGGCAGGACCAUCACAACCAUAUACUUCAGAAGUUCCCGGGUCAUCGCAGCACCUCACGGCCCCACUCGCCUCGCCACCUCCACCUCCUCAACAGCAGCUGCCUCAAUUCACUAGUCCGCCGUUAUCUAUAUCCUACCUCCCCCAGCAAUCCCCCACUUCUCCCACCAUUCCGGUCAACCCACCCGUGUCAAUACCCCAAUUCGCCAACACUGCUGCACCGUCUCAACCACCACCAGCGCCCGCACUUCAACCCAUGACUCCACCUCUCGCUCCACAAACGCCGGCCCUCACACGGCACCACAGCGUCUCAGCACGCACCACAAUGUCCCCGCCGCCUGCCCCCCUCGCUCGCUCCAGUACCGUAUCGCGGGCGUCCCGCCUUCAGUACCAGCAGCCCUUACAACCACAGCUCCCGCAGUUCCCCUCCGCACCAACGGCAGUGCCACAGUCGUUUGACUUGUACGCGCCGUCUGCGCCUACGACUAUUCCGGAGCGACGAGAGGAGCUGUUGAUUGAUCUGUAGUGAUUUUUAUUGUUGCGGUGUACGAGUGGGUUACAGUAGGAUCACGCACUAACGGACUGAUAGAUUAAUGUGAAUGCACGUAGUAGAUGGGUGAUCCUUGAAUAUGUUUGCAUGUAAUAAUCAUGUUGUGGUGAUCAUCUGCAUACCAAAACUUCGAAUAACUUAAUCUUUGUCCUCU